AACGUCCUGUCCUCACUUCCGUAGCAUCAAGCUAACCCUCGCUGCUAGCCGUCCUCCUCAUGUGAAGGUCCAGAGAUGGUGAGCGGGAGGACCAGCGCGGUGCUGGCCGGGCUGUGUGGAGCUGCUGUCAUCGCUUACUGUGUUUACUUCGACCGGAAGAGGAGAAGCGACCCGAGGUUCAAAGAGAAGCUCCGAGAACGCAGAAGAAAGCAGAAUGUGUCAGGUGUUGGGAGUGCUGGACUGGGAAAGCUCCCGGACCUGAAGGACGCAGAGGCCGUGCAGAAAUUCUUCCUGGAUGAAAUCCAGAUCGGAGAGGAGCUGCUGUCUCAAGGCGAGUUCGAGAGAGGCGUGGACCACCUGACCAACGCGAUCGCCGUGUGCGGUCAGCCUCAGCAGCUGCUGCAGGUCCUCCAGCAGACGCUGCCGCCUCCAGUUUUCCAAAUGCUCCUCACCAAACUGCCCAGCAUUAGCCAGCGAAUCGUCAGCGCACAAGCUCUAACGGAGGACGACGUUGAAUGAGCGAGAGACUCUUAAAGGGAUUCAGACUCUGACGCCGUGACGCGUGAGAGCAUUAUGAUCACGACACGGCUCCAUCUUUGCACAUCGUCCCUUCCUGCCGUUGCCGCACUCUGACGUUGAAGACAUCGAGCUACGAAUCUGGAGGAACACAUUCCACCUCUAUGAUUUAUCAUCUCUAUUCGAUUAUUUAUUUCCCUCUGAUUAUGUCUCAUCAUGCUUCUAAAGAGUGCUUUAAACAAAGGUAGUAAAUAAGUGUUGAAUGUUGCAGAGCAGCUGUGCACGCUCUGAGCUCUUCUUCUUCUUCUUCGUCUAAUUUCCUGAUUUCUACGUGGCAGUGUCACUUAAAUCUUAUUUUUAUAUACCAGUAUUUUUAUCUGGAUGUAUUUUUUUGUGUGUAAAAUCAAACAAUAAAAAGCUGAAAACACUCUC